AUGGUUGGUGUUAAGGACAAGAUCGUAGGUUUGCUAAAGGGCAAGAAGAAGAGUGAGGAGGAAUCAGAGAUUGAGCCAGAAAUUGAGGAGUUUGAACAGAGACCGAGGAGAGAGCGCAGAAAACAUCGGAGAAGUAGGAGAAAUCGAGACAAACACUCAAGGGAUGGAGAGGAUGAGGGUGAUGGAUAUGGAUCGAUUUAUUCCCGUAAACAUCGACAUCGAGAUAAUAGAGAUCGCGAAGAUGAUGAAAAUCCUCGCAGACACCAUUCGGUCAAUUUGAGUGCCUCGACUUCUCGUUCACCACAUACAGAUUAUCGACGUCGCGCAGAUGACGAUGCUCAUUCUACCUCUCCGCAGAGACAUCAUUCGAAUAAACUAAGUAAUUCUACCUCUCUUUCGCCUCACCAUGCAAGACCUAGUACAGGCAAAUCAUCAAAAUAUACGGAGGAGGGUGUAAGAGCGCCUAGGGUCAGCCCAUUGAUGGAAUGGCCACCGGUUGAAUUAUCAAACGACGCCGAAUUAUCACAAGGAAAAGCAAUGCAAUUGAUUGCGAAUGGAGUACCCGUUUUCAAAGGAACGAUGGAAUCAAUCGCACAUGCUUCCGACGAAUACUUUGCGCUAUAUGCGACUUGUAAUGGGAAUGGAGGGGCGGGAAGUGAUCGUGCGGAGAUCUUCAGUAGGGCAUUUAUGGCGGAUUCAAUGCGGUUACAAGGACCAGGUGAAGCAACUCGACCAUGGGAUUCUCUUGAACAGCCUAGUAUGGCCUUUUAUUAUGGCACGUUGAGAGGUACUAUUACGUUGAAUCACUGGUGCAGCGUAAAUGGCAAUCCGCAUGCCCCGAUUGAGCUUCGCGACUCAAGUGUCCAAACACUGAGGGAUGUGGAUUUGCAAAUUAUAUUGGAUCGCUUGAUAUACUUGGAAGCUGGGAUUGACGAUGAGAGUGAGGAUAUGUUAUAUAAGAGUUUAUACAAAGUAUUACUCAAGGAUCUCGACAAAUCAUUCAUCGCGAAAAAGGGCAUGGAGAAACAAAUUGCGGAUCUGAUUAUUGCGUUGUCAAGACGUGAAUGGAUUGAUUUUAGUCAACCUAAGAAUCAUGUUGUGGCUAAAUUCUUUGCUGAUGGGGCAUAUUCUGAUCAUGGAAGAUAUCGAGCAUUUUUUCAUCAGUUAUUGUUGAGCAUGGAGCUGGAACUGAGAAUCCAGUCAAGACAUCAUUCGGAGGAAGCAAAAGAGAGAUUGUUGGCACAAUUACCACCAUGGAUCUCUUGGGACCUAGCUGUUGCGAAGAAAUGGAGAGAGUGCAUGACCAUUGAAAAGUAUAAAACUGGCGAUGAAUUUCAGCAGAUUAAAUUCAGACUUCUCAAAAAGAGAUCACAAGUUAAAGCUUUGCGCAAAUUCGCAAGAGCUAUGAAAUGGCCUAAUUUGGCUAUGGUAGAUGAAGCUCUCAAAGAGCUAGAUUCGGAUGCUUCACCUCUUGAAGAUCGUUCUGCAGAUGCUAUGUCAUUUUGUACUGGCUUGAUACUACCAGGACCCACGCAACCAUGGCUUCUUAUGAAUACUUUAAUCGAUUGUGACGAAGAUGGAGGUGUUGAUCUUGGAGGUCUUACACACAUGUAUCCAAACUCCGGCUUUCAAUAUAGAGGUAGUACGUACUGGGCAUCAACAUCUAUCGUUGGUAAAGUUCUUGCCCCCACUUGUCAAGAAAUUGCAGGUUGGGUUGGCCCAGCUCUCGCUUCCACGGAUAUCGAACGCACUCAAGUGUUGCGGAUUCGUCAACGUAUGACUCCUCAAGUCAUUACUAAGACAGACGUCCUGAGUAUGAGAGUUCGAUCUGAUCCUCUUGGUCCCCCUGACCCUGGCGAUCCAGUCUAUCCCGUCAGUGAAUUUGUGCUACCCAAGCUAGACUUGGUCUCACCACCUAUAGACAACAUUCGCAUUGAAAAAUUAGCAUUCGAAGUUGCAAAACCAAAUCAGCAGCUCGACGGUGGAUCUCCAAAGAGGAGUAGUGAAAUAGGAAAGAGACCGCCUACUUAUGAUGCCUGUGUGGUUUUCGCUAGAAAAGGCCAAUCGCACUGGUUGAGGUUGGCUCAUGAUGUUUCAUUCAUCACCGCAUAUCCUUGUUCUAAUGGUCCUCAUCCUCUUUUCUUCGAUUAUGUGUAUAAAAUUGCACGCAUGAAUCAAUUACUCGAUAUCCAUAAUUGGGCAGGCGUCGGCGGUGAUAAUUUAAACCAAGAUUUACAAUUAGGAUGGGCGCCAGAACCGGAGGAACUUGGGGUUGAGGGGAGUUGGGAAGAAGGUUAUGAUUGGAAGGGGGCAAAGUGGAGCUUUAAGGAACUUAUGGACGGCGUGGAUAAGGAUACGGUAUUGGUGGUGGAGGCCUGGGGCGUGGAGGAUAAUGAGUGUAUGGCGAGAGCGUGGUGUAGUCAUUGGGGAUUGAAUGCCGUGGUGGCGGUGGUGGGGAAGACGUGCUUGAGUUGUGCGGUGAGGGAGGCGUAUGCGGCGGCGAUUAAUGUGGUUAUUUUUGUGGGGAGGGAGUGA